GUUAUGUAUGUUAAAUAAUUUGAAACAUUGUUUAUUAACUUUAUUCUAUCUCUUUUGUUUUGAUUGAUUUUGUUAUGUUUCAAAAUUUAAAUUUCCCUUUAUACAGAUAGCAGGGGAAACAAAACAAUCAUCAUUACAAUUUCAGCGAUAAUAGGAACUCUCACAAUUUCCAUUUGUGCCUAUAUCAUGUGGAGAAGGACUUCAAAAAACACAGCUAAACUGUGGCACUCUAUCAAAUCAAAAAGGGUAACGGACAUCAAAGCUUUUCGACUAUUUUAUAAAGGUGGAACAUCGGAAGUUCAUACAAGUGGCGACGCAAUAGAUGAGCUAUUACUAUUUGAUUUUGAAAAGCUUACAACCGCCACAAAUAACUUUGACUUGUCCAACAAACUUGGACAGGGUGGUUUUGGUCCAGUAUACAAGGGGAAACUGCAAGAUGGUCAAGAAAUAACAGUUAAAAGACUUUCUAGAGCAUCUGGCCAAGGGCUGGAAGAAUUCAUGAAUGAAGUUGUGGUCCUUUGUAAGCUUCAACACCGUAAUCUUGUAAGACUUCUUGGCUGUUGUGUUGACAGUGAUGAAAAUAUGUUGAUGUAUGAGUACAUGCCAAACAAAAGUUUGGAUGCAUUUAUAUUUGGUUAGUUUUUUGUAGUACCCUUUUGCCCUAUUUCAUAUACCAUUCCAUACUU